AUGUCUGGAUUUGAUGAUCUUGGAGUAUUUUUCAGUGAUAAUUUUGGCUCCGAAGAUCAACAAGAUGGCAAUCAAAUUAACAGACAAGAAAUUAAAAACAAUUUUAAGGCUUUUUUGCGAAAGUUUCAUGAGGGAAAUUUCAGCUACGAAUAUAGAUCCUUCUCUUCUGAAAACUCCUCACUUGGGUCAGAGAAGCUGCAAAGGUUUGAAGAUGCUGCAAAAGAAGUUGCAGAUGAAAUCACCCAGCCGCGUCCUGAAGGAGAAGAAAUUGUCCAAGACAUCCAAGUAACAUUAGCAUCAAAUGCAAAUGCUACAGCUCUGAGGAAUUUAAAGUCUGACCAAAUGGCUCGACUGGUCAAGAUGUCCGGUAUAGUGAUUGCUGCGUCAACCAUUAAAGCCAAAGCUACCAAACUGGCGAUUCAGUGCCGAGGUUGCCGUAAUGUUAUCAACAACAUUUCUGUCAAACCAGGUUUAGAAGGCUACAGUUUGCCUCGGAAAUGCAACACACAACAAGCUGGUGUACCAAAAUGCCCUGUUGAUCCUUAUUUUAUAAUGCCGGACAAAUGUAAAUGUGUUGACUUUCAAAUCUUAAGACUUCAAGAGAAUCCAGAGGAUGUACCUAAUGGUGAGCUGCCUCGACACAUGCAACUCUACUGUGACAGGUAUCUUUGUGAUAAAAUUGUUCCAGGAAAUCGAGUCUCUGUCCUUGGAAUUUUCUCAAUCAAAAAAAUGGGGUAUUCUACAAAAAAGAGUGGCCGGGACAAAGUCAAUGUUGGAAUCCGUGCUCCCUAUUUUCGAGUUCUUGGAAUCAGUGUCGACACUCAAGGAGACAGUAAGACUACUUCAUUGCAAAUUACUCCAGAAGAUGAAGAAGAACUGGUAAACUUAGCAAAUUCUCCAAAUUUGUAUGACAUCAUCGCUAAGAGCAUAGCCCCGUCCAUCUGGGGUAGUCUGGAUGUGAAAAAGGCCAUUGCAUGCCUUUUGUUUGGUGGAUCACGUAAACGACUUCCCGAUGGCUUGACUCGCAGAGGAGAUGUUAAUUUACUGAUGCUUGGAGAUCCAGGAACUGCUAAAAGUCAGCUGCUGAAAUUUGUUGAGCAAGUCUCUCCAAUUGGUGUCUACACGUCUGGCAAGGGCAGCAGUGCUGCAGGAUUAACUGCUUCGGUCAUCAGAGAUCCACAGUCUCGUGGAUUCAUAAUGGAAGGCGGAGCAAUGGUUCUGGCUGAUGGUGGAGUUGUUUGUAUUGAUGAGUUUGAUAAAAUGAGGGAAGAUGACAGAGUUGCCAUUCAUGAAGCCAUGGAACAACAGACUAUUUCUAUUGCCAAGGCUGGGAUUACAACUACAUUGAAUUCUCGAUGUUCUGUGCUGGCUGCAGCCAACAGUGUGUUUGGUCGAUGGGACGAUACGAAGGGAGAGGAAAACAUUGAUUUUAUGCCAACCAUUUUGUCAAGGUUUGACAUGAUCUUCAUAAUUAAGGAUGAACAUGAUGAAAAUCGUGAUGUUAUUUUGGCCAAACAUGUGAUGAACGUCCAUCUAAAUUCCCUUCAACAAAAAGAGAAACAGGAAGGAGAGCUCAGCAUUGAAACCCUCAAGAAAUAUAUUGCUUAUUGCAGAUUAAAAUGUGGCCCGAGAAUAUCUGUAUCAGCAGCCGAGAAACUGCGAGGACGAUACGUUCUUCUGCGGAAUGGUGCCAGUGAAUAUGAACGAGAAACUGGAAAGAAAAUAAGCAUUCCAAUUACCGUUAGGCAACUGGAAGCUAUUGUAAGAAUCUCAGAAUCGCUGGCCAAGAUGCGUUUGGAACCGUUUGCUACAGAUUCUGAUGUCGAUGAAGCUCUGCGUUUGUUCCAAGUUUCCACACUCGAUGCUGCCAUGUCUGGCCAUCUUGCAGGUGUUGAAGGCUUUUCCACAGAAGCUGACCAAGAACUUCUCUCACGAAUUGAGAAACAAAUGAAACGUAGAUUUGUCAUUGGAUCUCAAGUCUCUGAGUAUGCCAUUGUCCAAGAUUUCCUCAGACAGAACUAUCCUGAGAAUGCCAUUUACAAAGUUCUUGGAUUUAUGUUGCGCCGUGGAGAAAUUCAGCACAGAAUGCAGAGAAAGAUGCUUUAUCGCAUCAAAUAAUUCUUUGCCACAAACUGAAGGUUGUAGACAGAGGACAAAUAUCCUAAUAAAUCUUUUUUUUUUAUAAAAUUGUAUUGUUAUUCCCCAAAAAUAUUUUGUAUAUUUGUAAAGCUAAAUUUAAUAAUUGUGUCUUAAUAAAGUCUCUUUAUUUGAUUUCCAA